UAUGUGUUUUCUUCAAAAUGGCUUCCGAAAACGAUCCUGUUUAUUGUUUAUGUCGAAUGCCUUACGAUGAAACCCGAUUUAUGAUUGAAUGUGAUGUAUGUAAGGAUUGGUUUCACGGAGGGUGUGUUGGAGUCCAGGAACACCAAGCAGCAGAUAUAGAGAUCUAUCACUGUCCCAGUUGUGCACUCAAACAUGGACCACUAGUUUUGAAACACAGACGAAACUGGCACAGGCAUGAUUAUUCAGAAGAUGGCUCAAAACUUAAAACAGCUGUGCAAACUGGAACAGUGGUAUUUAUUAAGGAGCUUAAAAACAGGUCUUUUCCCAGUGCUGAAGAAAUACCCAUUAAACGACUUCAUGGGAAUCAAAUCACACCAGAAUAUUUUGAUAAAGAAGGUUUCGAUGUGCCGAUUUUGUGUGAGAAGAAAGAUGGGCUUGGAAUAACUUUGCCCUCUCCUUCCAUUUCUAUUCAAGAAAUUGAACAAUUAGUAGGCUCCAUGAGGGAAAUUGAUGUGAUCAAUGUUUCCAGACAGGAUGAUAUUAAAAUGUUAAUGAGAGAAUGGACGGAAUAUUACAACAGUCCCAACAGAGACAAAAUUCUCAAUGUUAUCAGUUUGGAGUUCUCUGGCACAAAGCUGUCGGAGUUUGUAGAGCCACCCAACAUUAUCCGACAAGUAAGCUGGGCCAGAAAUGUGUGGCCUGAACAGUUACCUGAGGACUGCACCUUGGUCAGGCCAGAGGUUCAAAAGUACUGCCUUAUGGGGGUCAAAGACAGCUUUACAGAUUUUCACAUAGACUUUGGUGGAACCUCUGUCUGGUACCAUGUUUUAAGGGGGGAGAAAGUAUUUUACUUGAUUAGACCAACGCAGAGUAACCUGAUGCUGUAUGAAAGAUGGCUGUCUUCUUCUAACCAAAGUGAAAUGUUCUUUGGUGAUCAGGUUGACAACUGCUACCGGAUGAUUGUGAAACAAGGUCACACACUCUUUAUACCCACUGGCUGGAUCCAUGCCGUGUUUACACCUAUAGACACACUAGUGUUUGGGGGAAACUUCUUACAUAAUUACAACAUACCUUUACAGCUGCAAUGUUAUGAAAUAGAAAAGAAUGUCAAGACCCCAGAGAAAUACUUAUUUCCUUCCUAUGAAACAAUGAAUUGGUAUGCUGCCAAAAGUCUAGUGGAUAUUUUAAAAGAUUAUACAGAAGAAGGGAAAAGACCCCCAGAAUAUUUGGUGGAGGGUGCCAGGGCCUUGUCUGUUAGUCUGAAAGCCUGGACUCAGAGGAAAGAUCUUACCAGCAAAUAUGUUUAUGCCAAAGUGAGCAAACAAGAUACAGCUGACUACAUCCAGUAUGGAAAAGUGUUGAAAGAGAUUCAAAAGGAAGUGAGAAAAAUUGAUGACACGAAAAAGUCUAGUCCCAAAAAAUCUAAAAAUGCAAGUCCCAAGAAACAAGAUCAGCGUAAAAAAUCUGGCAAAUCAGUAAAGAAAGUGAAAGGUCUGGACAUUCUAGAUGAACACACCAAGCAAUCUCUGCACACUGAGAAGGCCACUAAAGAGAAAGUCAAGACUGCAGUUGAUAAGGAACAAAGAGAAAAGAUUUACAAUUUUGAGGAUGAAGAUGAAGACACCAGCAACACACUAAGCCUCAAAGUAAGAAUUCCUAAAGCUGGGGCCUAUGUGGCUGAUGCGGAGAGAGAUGUGAAAGACAAAAAGGAUGGGCUCAAGAAGCACUCCAAUAGCAAGUCCAAAGGCAGCAAGAGCAGAAGUGAGAGCCACAAGGUUAAGAAGAAAGAAGUGAAGGAAGAAGUAGAAGAGAAAAAGGAGGUGGUCAAAUCUGAACCUAGUACCCCUGGGAAGGAAAUUCCACAGUGUCUGAAAUUCAAGCUAUCCAAUGGAAAGAUGGUCAGCACUGACAAGAAGAAACCCAAGAAGAAAUUGAAUGUUAAAGAAUUUUUGCUACUAGGGCCUGAGACUAGCAAAUUGUCUUCCCCUGAACAAGCAGACGUGAAGGAGAUCAAGAAGGAAAAACCAGAGAAGUCAACAAGUUCCAGCAAACAUAAGACCAAGAAAAAAACAGAUAGUGAGAAAUCCUCAAAAGAGACAAAAGAGCAGAGAUCUUCGUCAAAGUCAUCGAAGAAAUUGAAAGACAAAGUGAAGGAGAAAAGAAAAAAAUCUCCAGAGGAGAAGAAGCCCAAAGCAAAAGAAAAGAAAUCUUCUAAAUCUGUUGACCAUGACAGUGAUACUGACAGUGAGAAAAUGGUUCUAGUUGUGGAUGAGAAGCCAAAGAAGUCUUCAUCACAAAAGAGCACAUCAGCAACAAAGCCUGCAUCUUUGAAGCGCAAACUAAGCUCUGGACCUGAUGGACCAGCAGGGGAUGCUGAGGUAGACACAAUCAAAGGAGGAUUGAAUGGAAGCAUCAGUGACAUCUUGACUGCUAGUGGUUACAGUGGGGACGGAGGAACUAGGGAUGCAAUUGCUGGCAUGCUGACCAUGAGCAGAAUGGGACUAAGUUCUAGUCCAGGCAGCCAGACUAAAAGUUCUGAGGGAAAAGAGAACAAAGUCCAGGCGGAAAUAGACGAAGAGGAGCAGUUGAUGGCAGACUGCUACAGGGACUCAGAAUUUGUUUAUCCAUCAUUUGAGCUUUCUGAUGAAGAAGGAGAGCCAAAGUAUAAAUCAAGAAAAACAUCAGAUAAAGAUGACAAUUGGAGUCCAAAAGCAAGGAUUCAGUCUGUCAUGGUCAAAUCUGAGAGAGAACAUAGAGUUGGUGUUCAGAAAGAGUCACUAUCCUCCACUCUGGCAAACACAGCAGCAAAACUAGCAGAGAAUCUACCUUCUGACAAAAAACUGAUCAAGAAAGGAGCCAAGUUAAAAGUUCCUGAAAAAAUAGAGUUGGAAGAAGAACCAUUACCAGGUCCAUCAACUGCUUUGGAUGUUCCAGUGAAUGCAUUUCGCCCUGGCAUCAAAAGACCUGUGGAUCCCUGUGCCAGCAUAGCAGCGGCCAAUGAAGCAGCUAAAGCUGCCAAGAAGGCCAAGAAAGGUUUCGCUACUGCCAAGCAGCGUCUGGGAAAGUUGUUGAAGAUAAAAAAGAUGGUGUAUUAGUUUGUGCAAUACUGUCCAAUGACAUUCAGGGAUACUCUUACCAUAAUGCAAAACAUUGUUGUCCAUGAUAAUGCCCUCCCACUGGGUAGAUGUGUAUGUUUUAAUGAUCCACAACCUUACCUUCUACACUCAGUUUACAUAUGUCUGCUAAUUAGAACUUCUCUUGUUAUGGCCAUUUUUUUUUUACUUGAAACUGUUAUUUCUAUUUCUUCUUUUUAUCAAGCGGAUUUCAAUUCUGUUGUCUGAAACAUUUGGUAAAAAUUUUAAUGGGGGAUUCUUGCUUUUAGUGCAUUUAAAUUAAUUAAAAUUACUUUUUAAAAAAAAAAUGUUUUUCCACAUUUGAAGAAAAAGAUUUUUACCAAGUAUUUUUAUAAUUAUUUGUUUUUUAAACUUCUAGUAACAAAUAGUUUUGUCCAAUGGUGGAGAUCAUUUUCAAUUUGUCAAUGAACUUAUUCAUAAAUUAUUUGGUAAUUAUAAUUUUUAUUAUCUAAGUUUUUGAUUGUGGGUCAGCAUGACUUUAUACUAGAUGUAAGACUUAUAGUACUCAUAUGAUACUGAGAUAUGGACAUUUUCAUUCUAUCAACACUGCCUUCUUUCAAACUUUUGAGCUUUACAAAUAUUUGUAUUUUACUAGUUCUCAACUAGGUAAUAUAGUUGAGUUUUUUGGGAGUUUUUUUUUUUCAUUCUAUUUAUAGAAUAUUGCAAAAUUGAAUGUCCAUUUUUUAUGGGUUUUUUUAAUAUCGUAUAGUUGAUAUUGGUAACUUAUACAUAUCUAAUUGACUUUUGACUGUAUGAAAUUAGUGAGUUCAGAAGACACUAAUGAAUUAAUAUGUUACACUUGAAUAGAUUUAUUUUUCUUAAUAGAAUAACAGUUGAAGAAAAAACAUUUUUCAUAACAAAAAAAAACACAUUUUAGAGUUGGGUUGACAAAGACGGUCCUACUCUGAUUGACAUGGUCUAUUAAAAGAUACUAUGCCCAACCAUCAACUAAAUAAAGAACUAACUACACCUAUAAUAUGUCCUCUGAUAGUCAGAGGCAGCAUAAAGAAUAUGCAAACCUUGGGGCACAUCAUUAGUGCAGAGCAAAGUCUCAGUAUUUUGAUUGGUCUGAUGCUGUAAACACUUUUAUACUGUUUGACUGGAUCAAUUGUUGCCAAAUGGUGUAUGAAUUUAGUGAUACAUUGUUUUAUUUGAAUCUUUCCUUCAUAUCUUUUAAAGGGAAAUAAUAUAUGAGUGGGAUCAACUGUUAAUUAUUUUCAGUUUCAACAUGACAGAAACAGGAAAAUAAUUUGCUUUAUUUAAAAUUACAUUUAAGGACAACCGAUUAUGCUUCAUUAAAAAUGACUUAUAAGGACAACAGAAUAUGCUUUAUUUAAUAUGUCAAAAGGAAAACUGAAUUUGUUUGUUUUUUUAAAACAGAUGAGGGAGGGGGGGAAUUUUUUUUUUUUUUAAACAGACACUCUUCAAGUGCAGUAGCUAUUAUUAAUUAGCCACCUCAAAUCUUUAAGCUGAUAAUGGUCAUGUGAUUAAUUGGUCUAGUUCACAUUGAGAAUGAUUGUCUCAUCUAACUACAUUGCCAGGAGAGUUUACUUAUUUAUAAACUUGAAAUAGGGCAGGCUUGCAUUUUGUUUGCAUAUUAUUCAAGCUGGAGAUUGCCUAGCACAUUAAGUAGAUGGUAUGCUAUGUGGUGCUUUGCUAAACAUGUUCUAUACUAUUAGAGACCUUGAGGUCAUAGCUGACUACUGCCAUAUGUCAGGACAUGAUGGCUGGCCAGAUUUUUAAAACUUUUCUCAAAAAAAAAAGGCAGCAUUUAUGUUUGUAUUUAUUUUUUUAGUUUCUUUGUUUCCAUUCACCAUUGCUUCUUGAAACUUUUUGAUUUUGUUUUGUUUUAUAUAAAACUGUUGAUUGAUGUUUUGAAUGUAGUGCUAAUAAUACAAUUAUGUUUGACUUUUCUUAAAAUAAUUAUUAUAUAAUAAUAUUUUUGUUCACAUUUUUAGAUGGUUACAUUUCAUCACUAAUUUAAGAAAUUUUGUUUGUCAGUGUUUCAACUUGUUGACACAAGUCUACAUUUCACUGAUAAAGGUGAAACUAUGACUAAAUGUAUUUAAAAUUGAGGAAGUUAAUUUAACAGAAAUAAAUUGAGUAAACACACUUAUCUUUUUAUUAUUAGGUAAUGUUAUAAACAUUUUACAUUUCCCUAGUUAUAAAAUUGCAUUAACUUGCUGCAAGUUUAUAAAAUGUGAUUAAAUAUGUAGUAAUCUCAUGUUUACUGAAAUUAUUUAUAUAAAUAGAUUUAUUUUGUUUGCGCAUGCCUGCUUGUAAAUAUAUAAGAAUGUUAGAGAGUAAUACCUUUCUACCAUCAUCAGGUCAGUAGACUGUGAGAUUAACUCAGGAUCACGGUUUUGACUUGAAUGGAUUAAUAGGUCAGAUCUAUUUGAAGACAUUUUUGUUACAGAAUAAAAUGUAAUAAUGAAUCAAUAAUUCGCUGUUAAUGGCAUUUUAAAGAUAUUUUGUAUGUCUUGGUUUUGUUUCCAAUAGUUUUACUACAUGUGAAAAAUGCUUAGUUUUUUUUAGAUUUUCAUAAUUGUCAUCUUUAUUUCAUUGUAAAAAAUCACCUGUAGCAUCUCCAUUCUAAUCAAAGAUUAUGGUGUCUGAUACUUGCGUCAAAUGCUGGAGCUUGAGUAUGUUGAGUCUAAUUCAGUUUGGUUAUUAUAUUAUAUGACGAUUUUUUUUUUUAAGUUAUGAAUAUAAAAGAGAAGUAGGUGAGUGCUAGGUAAAACUACAUUGUAAAUAUUGUAUGUACUCUGUCAUUCCUCCUGCUUUCAUUGUGUCACUCUCUCAUUCCUCUUGCUUUCAUUGUGUCACUCUCGCAUUCCUCCUGCUUUCAUUGUGUCACUCUCUCAUUCCUCCUGCUUUCAUUGUGUCACAUCCUCCCUCCCAUCCCCCCCCCACUCAGCACUCACUUAUGUUUGUUUCAUUUCAACAUGUUCUGUGUGUGUUGACUCUUUCUUUUAGUUUGUAGCCAGAUCUUUGUUGGAAGUUGAAGUGAAACUUAGAAAAACAAAAUCAUUUGACCAUCUUUUGUUUGAAUGAAAAUCUUGGUAAAUAUGGAUUGUUGAAGUGUAGAAAAACCACACAGUCUUGUUCUUAGCCUGCCAUUUUACCACAGUACACUGACAUUCUCAAAUAAAUAAAUGAUACAAAUGCAUUGAAAAAUUUUGUAUUGCUUCUUCUUGAACGACAUUGCCGCAGGUCUUGUUUGUAAAUAUGUAAGUCAUUUAUCUGAUAGGGCAGCUUUCCUUCCCUUUCUCAUGCCUUAGCCCUUUUGAUGUCUGCAUAACACUGUCUCUCUCUCUCUCUCCAUUCUGCCUUAUUCAGGGCUUUGAUUCUCACUUGACUGAUAAAAAAAACAACUGCAGUGUAAUACUUGACUUUGCAGAAUUGUGUAUAAACCAAAAGUUUUGCCAGAUCACAAAAGUAAAAACCUUUUUUUUUUGUGUGUCCACAUAUAUAUCUUAUCUUAUAGAUUACAGACAUUACUUCAAAAAAGAAGAUAAUUAAAUAUAUAUUAACAUUUUUGAUAUGAUAUAGAGACAUUGCUCUUGUUUGUCUUAAUGUUUUGAAUUUGUUAUUCGAAUAAUUACAUGUAAAACAAACAAAAACAUUAAAAAACUAUGUUUUAAUUGUGUGAAGAAAAAAAAUGUGUUUGCUCCUUCCUUAUAAAUCCAGUUAUUCUAUUUUUACAAUUGUACUUAGAAAUAAAUGAACAAAUGGUU